CAUACACAGAAUUUUGGACAUUGUUAUUUCAUCAUGGCUACUCCUCAGGUUAAGCGCUAUGUCAUUGUUGGCAUGGGCGUUCGCUCCGCUAUGUACUACCAAGCUAUCAUCCAGGACUUCAAAGAUGUCGCCAAGCUUGUUGGAAUCUGCGAUACGAACCAAACUCGCAUGGACGUAGCAAACGAGCACAUCGUCGAACUCGGCGGUGAAAAAGUGCAAACGUACAAGGACACAGAGUUUGACAAGAUGGUCCAAGAGCAGAAAGCCGAUGUUGUCAUCGUCACGACAAUUGAUCUUUUCCAUCACCAUUAUUGCAUUAGAGCAAUGGAGCUAGGCUGCGAUGCCAUCACGGAAAAACCAAUGACUAUCGAUGAGCAUAAACUCCAAGCUAUGAUUGACGCAGAGAAGAAGACGGGGAAACAAGUCCGUGUUCUUUUCAACUACCGGUAUGCGCCGCAUCAUACUAAAGUUCGAGAACUCAUCGACUCUGGCGUCAUUGGCGAGAUUUCAACAGUACACAUGGACUGGAUUCUCGACUGUGCACACGGCGCAGAUUUUAUGCGACGUUGGCAUCGACAUAAAGAAACUAGUGGUGGCAUUCAGAUGCACAAGUCAAUCCACCAUUUCGACCUUGUGCAUUUCUGGCUCAACACUGAGCCUGAGCUUGUUUACUGCCUUGGUGAUCUUCGUUUCUACGGCAAAGAAAACGCUGAGAGGCGUGGGGAGAAGAAUCUCGGUGAACGGUAUCAGAACAAUGAGAAUGCAAAGAACGACCCUUUUGCGUUCCAGCUUGAUGAGAAUGAACGCAUGAAGAAGUUGUAUCUUGACGCUGAGCAUGAAGAUGGUUAUAUCCGAGACAGGAACUGUUUUGCAGAGGGUAUCACCAUCGAGGAUAACCUCUCCAUGAUCAUCAAGUACAAGAACCGCGCCGUCAUGACAUACAACACAUACGCCUACGCCCCAUGGGAAGGAUAUCGCUGUGUCUUCAACGGCAGCAAGGGACGUAUCGAAGUCAACGUCGUUGAGAGCGGGUACAACCCCCUCGGCGAUCCCGUAACGAAGGACGCUUCGGGAGAGGACGAGAAGUACAUCCAGGGCGGUGUCGAGCAGACCAAGAUUGUUGUUUAUCCCCUGUUUGAUAAGCCGUAUGUUGUGGAUGUUGUGAAGCAGGAGGGCGGUCAUGGAGGAGGUGAUCCUGUUCUGUUGAAGGAUGUUCUUUUGGGGGGUGAGGUUGAUAAUUUCAAGAGGGCUGCUAAUAUUCGGGAUGGAGGGAAUGCGGUUUUGGUGGGUGUUGGGGCGAAUCAUAGUAUGAAGAGUGGUAUGCCUGUUAAGGUUCAAGAGUUGGUGAAGUGGUAGUUGCAG